GUGACAAUUAAGCGAUCAAUUUAAAGAUUUUAAUAUUUUCCAACUAAUCUCUCUCUUUUACCCAUUCACAACCCUGGCUUUCAUCUCUCUCGCCGGGAACAGGAACCGCCGGAAAAGAAGAAACCGGCAGAUGGAGAGUGCGGUGGAGAGAGAGGCAUGGAAGGCACACGUGGCGAUGGUCUGCGUGCAACUGUUCAACGGAGGAUAUCACGUGAUUACCAAAGUAGCUCUCAACGUCGGUGUAAACCAGCUCGUCUUCUGCGUCUUCCGUGAUCUCAUCGCUCUCUCCAUUCUUGCCCCUCUUGCUUAUAUCCGUGAUAAAAAGACAAGACCUCCUUUGAAUCGGCGCUUUCUCUUAGCUUUCUUCUUCCUCGGCUUAACCGGGAUAUUUGGCAAUCAGCUUUUGUUCCUUGUUGGUCUCAAUUACACCAAUCCUACUUACGCUGCAGCCAUUCAGCCGUCUAUUCCGGUUUUUACUUUCAUUUUGGCUCUUAUUAUGGGAACAGAGAGAUUGAAUUUAUUCAAACUAGAAGGCCAAGCUAAAGUAGGAGGUACGCUGAUCUGUGUCUCUGGUGCGGUGUUGAUGGUUUUGUUUCGUGGACCGGCUCUGUUUGGGGAAACAGAGGCUGAGUCCUUGGGUCAUGGUGAUAUAAGACACCCUGAAGCAUCAUCUGGACACUUUAUGUCUAGCUUUCUCAAUGGACUUGGGAGAUGGAAUCUGGGAGUUCUGUGUUUGAUUGGGAACUGCACUUGCAUGGCUGCUUUUCUUGCAAUUCAGGCAUGUCUUGCUCCAGUCUUAAAGAAGUAUCCGGCAAAUCUUUCAGUCACAGCAUACUCGUACUUCUUUGGGACCAUGUUUAUGGUGACAUCUGCUUUUUUCAUGACCAAUGAGACGACGAACUGGAGUCUCACAAGAUCCGAGUUCUUUGCAGUUGUCUACGCAGGAGUUAUCGCGUCUGCACUCAAUUAUGGUCUCUUGACGUGGUCAAACAAGAUUUUGGGUCCUUCUUUAGUUGCCCUUUACAAUCCUCUUCAACCUGCAGCUUCAGCCUUCUUGUCCAGAAUCUUCUUAGGAAGCCCUAUCUACUUGGGGAGCAUUUUAGGCGGAUGUGCAAUCAUCGCAGGUCUUUACAGUGUCACUUGGGCGUCUUACAAAGAAAAGAAAGCAGCAGCAGCAACAGGUACAAUCCCCAUCACAUCAAAGGAAGCUGAACCAUUGGUCUACAAAGACCAUAAAAGCAAACCAAUGGGACAUCUAUUCACAAACAUUCCCAUCUCUUCACCAAAAUCCGCUGACUGAAAUAGCUGUGAUGUUUUCUUGAUCUCCUUUUGCGGCACAAGUGACUAUUAUGCUUUCCAAACACAUGAAUAUAUACAUGUCUUGAGCACAACAGAGUCUUGACUAUCAAGUUCAUCAUCUAGCUAGACAGCUAGUGGUCUGUCAUACGCUUUGAUUCUAGCCACUUUAAUCUGAUAGGUAAACUUAAUGGCCUCAAUGUGAAACCCAUUCUGCACAUAACUAGAGUUGCAGCAGCUAAAACUUUUCUCACCCGGCCUCCAUAGCUCUCUGAAUACCAUUAUCUGCAUCUUUCACCAACCCAUACUCACCGUACGUGAUGUAAGAUUCAAGUCCAA